AUGUCUGUCUCAAUCGAAGUCACCGACGUUCCAACUGCUCCCAAGUCCGACCAGCCUGUCUUGAUGGGCCAGAAGACCAGAAUGCCCGAAUUCAGUCUCGCUGGAAAAGUCGUGCUAGUCUCUGGUGCUGCUCGCGGCCUAGGUCUGACCCAGGCCGAAGCUCUUCUAGAAGCCGGUGCCAAGGUCUAUGCACUUGACCGUUUGGAAGAACCAGCCCCCGAGUUUGAGCAGAUUCAACAAAAGGCAAAAGAUCUCGGCACAGAACUGCACUACCGUCGCAUCGAUGUACGUGACACAGAGCUUCUCAACAGCGUGAUCGAAUCCAUCGCCAACGACGAAGGUCGCAUGGAUGGCCUUGUUGCCGCAGCGGGAAUCCAGCAAGAGACCUCUGCACUCGACUAUUCCGCAAAGGACAGUAACACCAUGUUCGAGGUCAAUGUCACAGGCGUUUUCAUGACUUCUCAAGCCGUGGCUAAACAGAUGAUUCGCUUCGGGAAUGGGGGUAGCAUUGCCAUGAUCGCCUCUAUGAGUGGCACCGUUGCCAAUCGGGGUCUCAUUUGCCCCGCCUACAACGCUAGUAAGGCCGCCGUCCUUCAACUCGCUCGCAAUCUUGCGGCUGAAUGGGGAACCUACAAUAUCCGCGUCAACACCAUCUCCCCGGGAUACAUUGUUACUUCCAUGGUUGAGAAGCUCUUUGUGGAAUUCCCUGAGCGUCGCGAGCAGUGGCCCAAGGAGAAUAUGCUUGGUCGUCUAUCCCGCCCGGAAGAAUAUCGUGGUGCUGCAGUCUUCCUGCUUAGCGAUGCGAGCAGCUUCAUGACUGGUAGCGACCUUCGCAUGGACGGUGGCCACACUGCAUGGUAG